GCAGGUCAUUUUGCUGGUUUUGGCAGUCGUCUACUGUAACCAGGCUUGUUAGCGCUUUCGGGAACAGAACCACGAUCGGACAGUCAUAUUUCCUUACUGCGUUUAACUUUGAAAAUAAAUGAGAGAAAUGUCAGGGGAGACGAUCGAGAUGGUCGAGCAGAGCGACGGGUUGCCAGGCUCAAUUCCGGUUGUCUUAAAAAAACUGAUGGAAAAUCCACCCCCGAAAUUUCUGGACGCCAUCGAGCAAGGAAAAGACAAAGAGAAGCUGUCAGUGGACGAGGUCUCCAGCUCUUGCAGUGCUAGUGUGGGUGUGUCUGCCUCUCUGAUGCCAACAAUCUGGGACAAAACCAUUCCCUAUGAUGGGGAAAUGUUCCACCUGGAAUACAUGGACUUGGAUGAGUUUUUGCUAGAGAAUGGCAUUCCAGCCACACUUGAACAGGAACUCCGGCGCUCCCUGGGAAAGGAUGUGGAAGAACAAGGUGAAGACUCGCAUCAAGAAGAGGUUUCCACGGCCACGAGUAAUGCAUUGCUGCCCACUUCCAAACUAGAGAGAGAGGAGACGUCAACUGUGACCUGUGCCAUGCAACCUACUCCUGAUACAGUCUCCUCCUCGGAGCCCGCCACAGAAGUAGAAUCUGGGCCAGAGAGAGCCUCACCCAGCCCGAUUGACCCAGAACACAUCGAAGUGCAGGUUAAUUUUGAGCCUGACCCCACUGACCUUGUGCUGUCCAGUGUUCCUGGAGGAGAGCUGUUUAAUCCUCGGAAGCAUAAGUUCAGUGACGAGGAGCUAAAGCCGCAACCCAUGAUCAAGAAAGCCAAGAAGGUGUUUGUUCCUGAGGAAAGCAAGGAUGAGAAAUAUUGGUCCAGGAGGAGGAAGAACAAUGUGGCAGCAAAGCGCUCUAGAGAUGCCCGUCGCCUCAAAGAGAAUCAGAUUACUGUACGAGCGGCAUUUUUGGAGAAGGAAAAUGCAGCCCUGCGAGCAGAGGUGGCAGAGUUGCGCAGAGACUUUGGCCGUUACAAGAAUAUUGUUGCCAGAUACCAAGCCAAAUUUGGACCACUAGAACUGGAUAUUGAACGGAAGAACUUGUAAGAACUGAGGAUUUUUUCUAAAUUUAUUUAUUUCCAAAUAAAUAAAUUUAAAAAGAUGGAAAAAAAUCUUAAUGACCCGAGCAUCUCUGGAGAUGAGAGAAUGGGAAACGUUGACAAAGAGGCAUCUGACCAACAACAAGCAGCAAGGGUUGCAGUAUCCUUUACUAGCACUGUAAAAAGUUCUUAACUUUUUUAUUUAAUGAAGUUUAGCUGUGUGCUUAUUUUUGUGUAUGUAAAUAAAGUGAAUAUUUUACAUUUA